AUGUCUAUGGAGGCGGCCCUGGAGGAGGAGAGGCGCGAGGUCGAGGCCCUUAUUGCGGCUAGGAACCGCCCACGACCACCCAGCGCUCUCAGCGGGGUUCGCUCUUCCUCCCCUUUCACACCUCGAUCGCCCGUCAGGAGCAUGCUAGAUAUAGACGUAGACGGUCCUCCCGCGGCUCCUGUCAGGAGUAUGCUCGACAUGGACAGCCCUCCAGCAUCUGCCUCGUCGGGCAAGCAGGUCUUCAGCACCCCAUCCUCUCCCGUUCUGGCGUCCAACCAGCUUGCCCGCGCCGCCAACUCCUCCCACCCCAGGCACAUGUCCGAUGUUGCCUCAAGACCCGUAGGCUUUGGCCCACGAUCAGACGGCAACCGCGACCUCACCUCCGAGUACCAGUUCUCCGACAUCAUCACGAGCAAUACCGGCCAUGCUGCCAUGCCGAAGCGGGUGUCUCAAGGCAACAAGAAGACGGCCCAGCCACCUUCCGCCAUGUCCCAUAUUGUACGCGGCAGCGACGUCAGCAGGAUACCGCUCCCUGGCGACACCAGGGGUCGCCACUCCAUCGCAGGGCCUGGAAUGCGGAUUGGGAGCAAGUCGCGGUCUCCUCACUCCCGCCUCGGCAUACGGUCGAGCUCGCCUGCCGCCAACCUGCUGUCAGGCAGGCACCUCAGUCCGGCAGGAAGGGCCUUCGUGGAAGAGACAUAUGGCGUGGACAUGAGCAACGCGUACCGGAGGCUGUCAGACGCAAACCUGCUCCGGUCUGGCGGGUCCCUUGCGGAGAUUGGGCGCAAGAAGAAAGUUGACGACAACCCCGACGGCGGCAGGCUGGCUAAAGACUACCUCAUUCCCGACGGUGAUGACCAGUACGACGAUAGCAGCGACGACCAGGAUGAUUCGAACGCCGAGGAAGGAGAGCGUGGCCGCAAGGCAGCUAGAAGCUUCGACGCCCUGUCGCCCGACUCCGACAAGGCAGGAUCGAAGGCGGACAAGGACAGGACGGCCCUAAGCUUGUUGGCAGCUGCUGAGGAAGAACGCAUCGAGGUAGCGAAGAAGAACCCUCACGUCAAGUACCAGUACCGUUCACUCUUCGACGAGCCCCAAAUCACCGUCACAGGCCCUGCUGGCCAGAGCGAGAAGACAAAGCACUCAAAGGCGUCCUCGAUACACCCUGCAACCAGCUUCGAUGAUGGCCCGCCCUCAGGUGCCAGGACGCCCAUGGACUCGGACACGGAGGCUGAUCUCACAGACAUCAGGCGCGCACAAAAGCUUUCACUUUUCCAGACACCCAUCAAAGACACGCCGAAUGCUGCUCGGGCCCUGCGCAUCAUCUAUCGCGGUGACUGGCGGAAGGUCGCUCAGGAAGCCAAGGAGGAGCAGAGAACCCUGCGCAAGUAUAUUGUUGCUUCUGACCUCAGUGAUGAGUCGACGCAUGCCCUCGAGUGGGCCGUUGGCACAGUCCUCCGAGAUGGCGACACCAUGAUUUGCCUCUACUGCGUCGACGAGGAGGCCGGGAUUGCUCCAGCUGAUGAUGCAAAGUCCAUCAAAGACCAAGGUGCUGCACUGAACGUUGUCGCCGAUAGCAAAGCCCCUGUCACGCCUGGUGGAAGCGCCUUAGACCUGCACAAAGCUGACCAGACCUCGGAGUCUUUGGCAACGCCAAUCAAGUCGAAACCCGAGGAAGAACGGCACAGGGCCGUUCAGGACAUCACAGACAGGGUGGAGAAGCUUCUCCGCAAGACAAAGCUGCAGGUCCGCGUCAUCGUAGAGGUCUUGCACUGCAAGAACCCGAAGCACCAGAUCCUGGAAAUCAUCGACGUCGUCAACCCGACUCUUGUUGUCUUGGGCAGUCGGGGACAGAGCGCACUGAAGGGCGUUAUUCUUGGCUCAUUUUCUAACUACCUAGUGACCAAGAGCUCCGUCCCAGUCAUGGUCGCCCGCAAGAAGCUCCGGAAACAGUCCAAGUACAAGAAGCUCUCGAUGACGCAGGUCAACAACAUCAACAGCCCCAUGGCGAGGACGCUCGCAAAUGCCAAGGUCGACUAG